AUGCAGUUCCAAACUCUCUUUGUUGCCGUUGCCGCCCUCAUGGCCGCGAAUGGCGUAGCCGCCAACAGCUGCUCAGUCUGGAAUGGCAAGUCAUGCCCUGCCAACCAACCUCGGACCUGCGGCGACGGAUGUUGCUGCGAAGUGGCCGUCAUCGGUUGCACGUGCUAG